AUAACAAACAUUCCAGCAUGCUUGUUUCUUCGCAUUGUCACUUCAUCUUCGCUUAGCACUUGUUAGACAUGGCAGCCGCGGCUGCAGCUUCUAUCGCUGGUGUUUCCGCACUUGCAGCAUACCUCGACGCGAAGUAUCACAUUGGACAGGACCUCAGGAUCAAGCGGAGGGUCGGCCAGGCUGCGAAGUACUAUCAAGAACUAGUCAAGCACAACCGCCUCUCCCUCUGGUACGCCUUCACACCUCACGUGACCGCGCACCCAAACGAAGAGUGUAUCUGGUCCCGCACAGGCUCCUACACCUGGCAGCAAGCCCAUGACCGGGCCAUCCAAUGGGCGCGUUUCUUCCUCUCCAAGGGCGUCAAGCCCGGCGACCUCGUCGGCGUGUACCUCAUCAACAGCGUUGAUUUCCCCGUCAUCUGGCUCGGCCUGCUGUGCAUCGGGUGUGCGCCCGCACUGCUGAACUACAAUCUCAAGGGCGAUGCGCUGGCGCAUUGCGUCCGGAUCAGCGGGGCGAGAGUGCUGCUUGUCGACUCGGACGGGGAAGUGAAUGGUAGGUUUCACGAGGUGAGGGGCCGGCUCGAGGAGGAGAUGGGGGUCGAGGGAACGGUGGUGACGGAUCAGUUCCUCGCAGAUUUGUACAAGACGAGCGUCAAUGUGCCGGGCGAUGAAUACCGCGCGGGCGUCAAGGGGAACAGUCCGACAUGCCUGCUGUACACCUCUGGGACCACGGGAUUGCCAAAGGCAGCGCCGUUCCUCACAAGCCGGUACCACGAGCGCGGGAACCCGGCGAAUCCGCCGUUCGGGCAGACUACGAGCGACAGGUGGUACUGCAGCAUGCCGCUGUUCCACGGCACGGGCGGGCUGUCCAUAAUGUCCUCCCUGACCUUGGGCCUCAGCGUCGCCGUCGGUCGCAAGUUCAGCGUCAGCACCCACUGGGACGACAUCCACGACUCGGGCGCCUCUGUCUUCGUGUAUGUCGGCGAGGCUGCGCGGUAUCUGCUCAAUGCGCCUCCGCACCCGCUCGAGCGGAACCACCCGCGACUCAGGGCCAUGUAUGGCAAUGGCAUGCGGCCGGAUGUCUGGAGCCGGUUCAAAAAGCGAUUUGACGUCCCGCAGGUCAUUGAAUUUUUCAACUCCACAGAGGGUGUCCUCAGCAUGGUGAACUGGAGCCUGAACGGGUACACGCAGGACUGCGUGGGGCGGCACGGCGCGAUCCUCAGGCACGCCCUGCGCGACACGUACGUCCCUGUUGCCAUUGAUACCGAAACGGGGAAUAUCCUGCGCGACCCAGCCACUGGAUUUGCCCGACGCAACGCGUACGACGAGGGCGGCGAGAUCCUGGUCAAAGUGCCGUCAGAGGCUGCGUUCGCGGGCUACGUAAACAACCCCGCUGCCAACGCAAAGAAAUUCGAGCGCGACGUGCUGGUCAAGGGGGACCUGUACUACCGGAGUGGCGACUCGCUGCGGCGGGAUGCCGAUGGGCGGUGGUUCUUCCUCGAUAGGCUGGGCGACACGUUCCGCUGGAAGUCGGAGAACGUGUCUACAGCGCAAGUCGCCGAGGUUCUUGGUAAAUACCCUGGCGUCGCGGAGGCUACGGUGUACGGCGUUACGGUUCCCAACCACGAUGGGCGAGCUGGGUGCGCAGCAGUUCUUCUCGCCGAUGGUGUCACGGUGCAUAGUUUCGACUGGAAGGCGUUCCUGGAGUAUGCGAAGGGAGAGCUGGUGAAGGAAGCGGUGCCAGUGUUUGUGAGGGUAGUCGGGCAGAGCAGUCGGACGGAUAACGAAAAGCAGAACAAGGGGCCGUUGAAGGCUGAGGGCAUUGAGGUGAGCUCGUUUGGGGAGAAGGUGGUGGGUGGGAAGGGGGAUGUGAUGAUGUGGUUGGGCGGUGGUAGGGGCACGUAUGAACUCUUUGGGGCGAGAGAGUUGGAGGAUGUUAAAGGGGGGAGGGCGAGGCUGUAG